AUGGGCCCCUUACUUCUCAUCACCCUCCUUUGUUUCAUUAAUUUAGCAUCAGCCGAUCUCUUUGAGUAUCAAGUGGAAAGCAAGCCUCUUCGUCCAUGUGAGCUUCAAAGGGCAAAGGCCUUUCAAGAAGGUGAAGACUAUGUCCCUCAGUGCUUGGAAGAUGGCCAGUUCAGGAACAUCCAAUGUGAUAAAAAUGGUGCCUCCUGUUGGUGCAUAGAUGACAAAGGAGCUGAAAUAGCAGGCAGCAAGCAAACUAGAUCUUCUGUAGCCUGUUUAUCCUUCUGUCAGCUACAAAAGCAGCAGACCCUGAUUGGUCGCUCUGUCAACAGCAGUGCAGCUUCCUACAUCCCACAAUGUCUGGAUUCUGGUGAAUUUGACCCAAUACAGUGUGAUUUCGGCCUGGAUCAGUGCUGGUGUGUGGAUGCUGAAGGGAUGGAGAUUUAUGGCACGAGGCAGAGAGGGAAGCCCAAGCGAUGCCCUAGGAAAUGUGAGAUCCGAGACCGUCGCAUUCUGCACAAUGUCGGAGAAAAGAGUCCACCCCAAUGCUCAGCUGAAGGAGAAUUUCUGCCUGUCCAGUGCAAAUUUAUCAACACAACGGACAAGAUGGUCUUUGACCUUGUUCACCACUUUAGCAGAUUUCCAGAAGCUUUCCUAACAUUCAGAUCCUUCAGCAGUAUGUUCCCAGAGGUCUCUGGCUACUGUUACUGUGUUGACAGUCUAGGGCGGGAAUUGGAGGAUUCUGGUCUGGAAAUGUUGCUUGAGAAUGUUUACGACACGGUGUUUGCAUCGCUGGAGCCUGUUGCCACCUUUUCAGAAACCAGCAUGUAUAGGAUCCUGCAGCGACGUUUUCUGGGAGUACAGCUGGCUACAACUGGCAGAUUCAGAUGUCCUUCCAAGUGUGAAACUGAACGAUUCACUGCCAUUCGUUUCGAACAGAAUUAUCGGCCAUUAUGUGACGAUAGCGGAGCCUAUAAGCCAACCCAACAGCAGCCAGAUGGGCAGUGCUGGUGUGUGGAUGCCAAGGGGCAGGAACUCCUAGGAACGAGAAGGAAGAGGCAGUGUUCAUCCUGUGGUGAGGAACUCAGCUGUGUCUCUGAGAGACAACAAGCUCUCUCCAGACUUUUUUACGGUCCAGUUGGGCACUUCAGCCAGCACAGUUUAUUCUCUGCCGCCCAAGAGCCACAGCAAAUAACCGGGUCCUCAAGAUCUUGUCCUCCAUCAUUUAGGGAGUUGUUUGUAGAUUCUGGCUUGGUGUCUUCCAUCAUCAAAAAAUCAAGUGAUUUCCAGCUACUCACGUUGGAAUCUGUCCUUAGUGAAGCUAUUGGAGGGAUGUUUCCAUCAAGAGAUCUUGCUCGUGUUGCCCUGCAGUUCACCAGCAACCCCAAGCGGUUCCAAGAAAACCUUUUCGGCGGGAAGUUCUUGAAGAACUUGGUCCACUUUAAUUUCUCAGGAGCACUUGGCCCCAAUGGCAAAUUUAAUUUGGACCGAUAUUUCCAGCAGAUAGGGAUGAGAGGUGGAUUCACUGAACUAGCUCAGCAACUAUCACUGGAAGUCCCACAGGAGAAGUUCAACCUGAGCCAGCCUCUUGUAGACAGUUUUGGCCGCACUAUCAACUUUCAGGACAAUCAAAAUGCAGUCUCAUUUCUUGCUUCCCUCCUUCAAGCCCCAGAGUUUUUCACUUUUUUGCAGCACGUGAUUUCUGUCCCUGAAAGUAUCGCUGAAGAUCUAGGUGAUGUAGCGAGGACAGUGUUGAAAUCGAAAGACUGCACAGAGCGGGGCAAUGAUUUGUUUGUCCCAGUUUGCACGGAAGAAGGGAACUACAAGGAGGUGCAAUGCUAUUCAGGGUUCUGCUGGUGCGUGGACUCGAGUGGUAAUGAAAUCCCAGGAUCCAGAGUAAGUGGUGCGCACCCACGGUGCCCCACCAUGUGUGAAAGGCAAAGGGAAAGUCUGCAACGCUUGAAAAGAAGCCAGCCAGCAGGUUCAGAGUUGUUUGUCCCUUCAUGUACCCAGGAGGGGAAAUUCCUCCCAGUUCAGUGCCAUGGAAGAAAUUGUUUCUGCGUCAAUUCUGAAGGCAGGGCUAUUCCAGGAAUAGGAGCCAACACUGGACAGCCCAUGCAGUGUCCAAGUGAUUGCCAGCUAGCAGGGGGUCAGACUUUUCUAAGAACUGUGCAGCAGCUACUGCAGGAACCUUCCUCCCUGCCUACGCUGUCCAGUGUCUACAUCCCACAAUGCAGUGUAUCUGGUGAGUGGAAGCAGGUCCAAUGCAAUGGCCCCCCUGAACAAGCUUUCGAAUGGUAUCAAAGGUGGAUCGCCCAGAAUAAUAAUGGCAGAGCUCUUCCUUUCGUUGAUUUGAUGGACAUCCUACUUGACUAUAAAGAGAGAUCUCAGAGGAGCUUUGAAGACUUUGUCAAAAUCCUCUAUGAAGCUGGCCACCAGAAUAUCUUCCCAGAGUUCUCCAAAUUUCAUUCCUUGGAAGCAGUUCCUCAAGAGGUGCUGGCGGGGAAGACCACAGUUGCUUCAUCGCAGAACAUGUUGCUGGAGCCGUUCACAUUCUGGCAGCUUCUUCAUGGACACCUCACCCAUUACCCAGGAUCUUAUAGCGAUUUCAGUACACCGCUAGGCCACUUUGACCUUCGCAAUUGCUGGUGUGCUGAUGAAAAGGGGCAAAUGCAUGGAAAGAAAGCUGAAGUGAAUGAGAUUCCAGACUGUCCCGGAGAGUGUGAAGCCUCCAAGCGAGAUGCCUUGCAGUUCAUUAAUGAAGUGGAGCAACUCAUUAAGAAUUCCAACAGCUCCCACUUUCCAUUUGGGGAGAGUUUUCUAAUGGCAAAAACAGUCACCUUGACAGACGAUGAGCUCCUGUAUAACGCUUCUCAGUCAGAGAGCAUCACCAUUUCAGAAAGGUUGUUGAUGGAAAGCGAUUAUGCCAUCCAGCUGGCUGCACAAUCAACCUUGCAUUUCUAUUGGAGGAGUUUCUUAUCGUCACAUGAUUCUGCAGGGGAGGCCGUGCGCUUGGGAUUUCAACCUUACAUCCCCCAGUGUGAUGGGCUGGGGAACUGGUUACCUGUCCAAUGUUAUGACAGCUCAGGUCACUGCUGGUGUGUGGAUGAAAGAGGACGUUAUGUUUUGGAUUCUCUGGUGACACGCUCAACACAGCUGCCCCGGUGUCAGACACCCUGUCAACUCUCCCAAGCGAAUGCCUGGCUUUCCAGCUGGAGACUGCCUGGACUGAAGGCUAAUGUUACUUCAGGAGACCUGUUUACUCCCUCUUGUCUAGAGAAUGGUGGCUAUACUGUGCUACAGAAGUCAGACACUAGGACCUGGUGCGUAGAUCCUACAUCAGGAGAAGCAUUUCAACAGAGUGACACCGAUUCAAAUGGCUUCGCGAAUUGCCCCAGUUACUGCAGUGUGCUGAAGUCCAAAGCUCUCUUACGGGAAAUUGGUCAGGGCUACAUCCCUCAGUGUGAAACCAACAUUGGAGGCUUCUCACCUGUGCAAUGUAGUGAGGAGCAGGAAAGCUGUUGGUGCGCCUUUGAGAAUGGAGAGGAGGCUCCAGGGACACGAGUCAGUGGCGAGAAGCCUGCAUGUCAACGUCCUCAGUGCCGCUUGCCUUUUGAGGCCCCUUAUGUCAUCAAUGGUGGGAUUUUCUGCAGUGUCUCCGUUGCAACUCCAAAGACUCAGCAAUGCCAAGUGGUUUGCUCUCCAGGCUCCCACAGUGUAUUUUCCAGAGGGGAACCGCUGCUCUGCGAUACAGAGACUCAUCUCUGGCUAGGAGACCCACCCCAUCCCCAAACCUGUCAGCGGCUCCAGCCAUUCCAGAGUGUUCAAAUGCAAACCCAGUUUCAACUCCUCUUGCCUCCUGGGAAAGCCUGUGGUCCAGACUUCACUGGGUUGCUAGGCGCAUUCCAGAUCUUUAUCCUGGAUGAGAUGAAGGCUCAUGGCUUUUGCCAUGUUCAGGUAAAUGCACUGGGGCACCUAGUGUCAGUUCCUGUCUGCGAUGACUCUGCUGUACUGGUACAAUGUCUGGCUGUGGACCGUUUGGGAGUGAACAUCACAUGGAGAGCUUUGCUUGAGAAUGUCCCAGUAGCUUCCCUUCCUGAUUUACACGACAUUGAAAAAGCAUUGGUUGGUGACAAUCUCGUUGGGCGCUUUGAGGAGCUGAUCAAGAGUGGUGGCUUUGUCCUCCAUUUCGACAAUGAGCAAUUCCAAGCGGACACUUCCAUUAGUCUCCUCAGGAAUGAAGAUUUUGAUGUAUCUGCUGAAGCUCAUGUGGGGUGCAAGAGCGGCUUCCGAAAGGUUUUAGAUGCUGGAGAAGUGGCCCCAAAUCCCCGAGGAUGCGUGGUCUGUCCUCCAGGCACCUUCUUCCAGAAUGACAGCUGCAUUCCAUGUCCCUCUGGAUUCUAUCAAGAUCAAGCAGGAAGUUUUGCCUGCCUCAAAUGUCCUCUUGGGAAAUCUACUGCCUCCACUGGAGCUUUCAGAGCUGAGUACUGUAUUGCUGGCUGCCAAAUGGACAAUCAAAGUGUGCGGUGUGAUGAAAAUGGCCAAUAUAGGCCUUCCUACGAAGACCCUGCUACCAAAAAAUCAUUCUGUGUCGAUAGCCUUGGAAGGGUAUUGGACUGGACAGAAACAGAUGGCCCAGUUACGGACUCCCAGUGUUUGGUCUUCAGACGCUUUGAGAGAGCUCCUGCUUCCAAGCUGUCCUUCACAACAGAAGAGGUAGAGACUGUUGGUUCUAAAAUCAUCCAAGGAGAACCCGAGAGUGUGCUCCAAGAGUGCAUGGCAGAAUGUGAGAAGGAUGAGUCCUGUGGGUUUCUUACAUUGUCUGCUGCUGGGACAGGGAUGCUGUGUGAGCUGUACAGCGCUCGGGAGAGCAACUACAAUUGUUCCAUCUCUGGACUGGUUCAGGGUGCCUGGGAUAAUGCUGCCACUACCAGUGUUGCUCAUCUCAGCUGCCUGGCCAAAGUGAAAAUUCAAGAUAAGGAUGUAGUGAGAGUGUACCUGAAAAAAGGACAUGAGUUCACAACAGCUGGAGUCAAGACUUUUGAGAUGACUGAUUUCCAGGAUGUUGUUUCGGGCGUGUACAGCACUCUGGUCCUCUCAGCAGCUGGUACAUCUUUGACCGACGUUCAUCUCUUCUGUCGCCAGGCCUGCAGCCAAGAUGCUUGCUGUGAUGGCUUUGCCUUGAGCCAGAUCAUACUUGGUGGAGGUAGUAUCCUGUGUGGCCUUAUGAGCUAUCCCGAUGCAUUAAUCUGCAACGUUAAUAGCUGGGAUGGAAGCUCAACCCGUGAACAAGGAGACACCUGCCAAAGACUGAAGUAUAAUGAAGGAAAGAAGCAGUAUGUCUUCAGCUUGGGAGGCCAAGUCCUCACAGGAACUUCCGAGCUCACAGAAAAACCUGGAACUUCCUUCGCCAGCUUUCAGCGUGUUUAUCUGUGGAGAGAUUCUGAUAUGAUUACCCGAGUGAGAUCUAGUGUGUGUAGUGAUGAUGUUACUCCAACUCAGAUGCAGCCAUUGCUGCCAGCUUCUACAAUGGAACUCUUUUCACUGAUGGAAAGCAGCCAAAUCCUGAUCAACCACAAUCGUUCCUUACCAUUCCAAGAAUACUGGCUCUUCAAGCCCAGAUAUUCUGCAGAGCAGGCUCUUCUCUGGUGUCUUGCACGUUGUGCAGAAGAUGAAUUCUGUCAGCUGGCAGAUGUUCCAAACAUCACAUCUGGAACAUUCUUUCCCUGCACCCUCUAUCCAGUGGCGCUAGUGUGUGACAAUAGCAUUAACAACAUUCCUGAGAACUGCAACACUGUGCUACCUCAGAAACCACAUCUUUUGUACCAGAAGACAGUGUCUCUAGAAGGGAGCAUAAAGAACUUCUACACCCGCUUACCAUUCCAUAAAGUGUCAGGAAUCUCUGUGAGAAACAAGAUGGAUGUGUCCGGGAAAACUGUGUCCAAUGGAUUUUUUGACUGUGAGCACUUCUGUGAUGCCGAUCCUUGUUGCAUGGGCUUUGGACUUUUAAAUGCUUCCCAAAGAACAGGCGGCAAGGUCUUGUGCUUGGUUCUGAACAGUUUGGGAAUCCAGACCUGCAGCGGGGAAUUGAGGAAGUGGCAGCUUUCAGAUUGUGCAUCUCUGGAGGCAGAAACCAGGGUCCAUCCCUUUGGCUGGUACCAAAGAGCAGCAAACAUUCCCCAUGUCUGUCCAGCUGUUGUUCUACCUGAAAGUCAAGAAAAUGUGACUACGGAGAACUGGCAGCUUGUUGAUGGAGCCUCAGCUCUCAUAGAUCCCUCCAUGUCAACAUUUGACAUUAUGCACAUCACCAGAGAUGAUUCCAGUGAUUUUACUGCUAUCCAAGACUUUUGUCUUUCAGUCUGCUCAAAGGACAAAUCAUGCUUGGUGACUACCCUUGAACUACAGCCUUCCUCGACACGGUGCAUAUUUUACCCAGAAACACAGGCCUGCACGCUUGGUCUUCAAGGCCACCACUGUCGACUUUUGCUGAAGGAGCCGGCUACAUAUAUCUAUCGCAAGCAAGAGGCAUUCUUGCCCAUUGCUGAAACAAACAAUGGACCCUCUGUCUACAUCCCAUUGCAAGGAACCUUGUUUGGCACUUCUCAAGUAAUUCAAGUUGGCUCCAACUGGAAGAGUAUUGGACAAUUCCUUGGGAUUCCAUAUGCAGCACCUCCAGUGGCAGAGAACCGAUUCCGCCCUCCACAGGCUUUCACCUGGGUGGAGUCCUGGAAUGCCACCACAACUCGGGCUAGUUGCUGGCAACCAGGAGAUGGUGAGGCCAGCCCUUCCUCCAUCAGUGAAGACUGCUUGUAUUUGAACGUCUACGUCCCACCUAACACUGGUGGAAAUCUACCAGUGCUGGUGUUCUUUCACAAUGGCGUAAGCGGAGAGGACCAACCACAAAGGAAACUCAUUGAUGGCUCAUAUUUAGCUGGAACUGGCAACAUCAUUGUUGUAACUGCAAACUACAGAGUUGGAGUCUUUGGCUUUCUGAGCACUGGUUCCAGCGUGGCAAGUGGAAACUGGGGGCUUUUGGACCAGGACGCUGCUCUGAAAUGGACACAGAAAAACAUUGCAAGUUUUGGAGGAGACCCCGGUCAGAUUACAAUUGCAGCUGAUCGCAGCGGAGCAGAUGUUUCCAGCAUUCACCUGCUUUCAGGGUAUGUGGAUCCAGGGGUCUUCCAAAGAGCAUUGCUGAUGGGCGGCUCUGCUUUCUCUCCAGUGUCAGCGAUCAGCCAGGAGAAAGCACGGACACAAGCUGCCGUUUUGGCUCGCGAACUUGGCUGCCCUUCAGCCAGCAGCGAAGAAACUGCAUCCUGCCUCCGCCAGUUGCCAGCCAAAGUCCUCAACGAUGCACAAACCAGGCUUCUGGCUAUAAGUGGGCCGUUCCAGUACUGGAGCCCAGUGGUUGAUGGAUUCUACCUCCAGGAACCUCUCACUGCAGCCCUGCAACGUUCUCAACCUUUGAAGGUGGACCUGCUCAUUGGAAGUGCUCAACAAGAUGGGUUGAUCAACCGAGCAAUGGCAAUUAAGCGGUUUGAAGUAAGCCAAGGCCGUGCCAACAGCAAGAUCGCCUUUUAUCUAGCUCUCCAAAACUCUUUGGGCGGAGAAGAUGCCAAUCCUGCUGUGUUGGAUGCAGCCACCUGGUUUUAUUCCCUGACACACUCAUCCACCGAGUAUGCCUCAUUCUCCAGGGCUUUGGAAAAUGCCACUCGGGACCAAUUCAUCAUUUGCCCUACAAUAGCCAUGGCCAGGCACUGGGCUAGCAAUGACAGAGGAAAGGUCUUCAUGUACCAUGUCCCAGAGAGCUCUUCCCUGAGCAGUUCAAGCCUGGAGUUCUUGCCUGAUGUCCAGUAUGCAUUUGGGCUGCCCUUCCAUCCCCAGUAUGAAAACCAGUAUACUCUGGAAGAGAAGAGCCUCUCUUUAGCAAUAAUGCAGUACAUGGCCAACUUCAUAAAAUCUGGAAACCCAAAUGGCCCUUACAGGUUCUCAAGAAAAGUGGCCCCAAUUGCAUCACCUUGGCCUAUGUUUCGAGCAGAUGCUGAUGGAGACAAUUAUAAGGAAUUUACUGCUUCGUUAGAAAAUCGUAAAGGGCUAAAGAAAGCUGAAUGUUCAUUCUGGUCCGAUUAUAUCAAAACACUUAAGACAUCAAUGAGCUGCAGAAGAGAGCAGCUCACCACAAGCAGACCUAGCAAUGAAUUUCUUUCCAAAACUACUGAGCUGAAGCCAUUGGGAGACAAGGUGGCCUACAAGAAAUAGAACACAAUACUUCCAUUGAUUUUGGACUGAUUGGAUGAAAUCACAGUGUUCCAUAUCCACAAGGGGAAAUGGCAUCUUGCUAAAUCAUAAUGGUGUGUCUGUAACAGAUUACUGUAAUUUCAAGUAUGGUUGCUCUCAUGCAAGAAAGAAAAGAUCUAAACGGUACCGUCCAAUGAAUCAUAUGUUCUGGAUAUCGGUGCACCAAA